AUGCUGUUGAGACACCAGAACUCUUUCCAAGGAAUCCUGAAUACGAUUGUUACGCUGAAUGCUGAUAAAUACCGGGGGCGAUGUGCGACACACCGGAACGCGGGCAGCGGCUACUCAGAGCCCCGACCGUUUGCGGCGAAGCUUCAGGGCGCUACGGGCCACGAGCAAGUGUCAAGCGGACCGGACGGUCAGUUUAAGGCACUCGCCCUCACUCACACGACUAUGGAGUUGUUAGGAAGCAAAGGGGUUGAAGAAAGCAGAAACUCACCGUUACAAGAUGACAAGACCAAAAGCGUUGCCAUGGCUAGACAGAGGUUGCCCUUAGCUGGCACUAUCCAGAACUGA